AGAAAUCGGUGCACCCACCAAUACGGUCAUUUCCACAGCUCUUGAAUGUCAGGCACCUGUUACUCGAUCACAACACGGCCAAAAUCCCACCAAGAUGCAACGCUUGAUUCCACCAGGUCGGCCAUCGAAGCGGAGAAAGACUGUUGCAGCCGCUCUUCCUCCAACCGACCUUCCUACUGCCACCAGCGAGCGACAUAAUUUACAACAUCGUGAGAUCCGAUCUUCCUAUCAAGAAGGGAAAAGAGCGCAGACUCCUAACCAAGCUUACUGGAACACUAUUAUGAACCUAGGGGAAGAGGAGGCCGAAACAGAUGCAGUAUGUAGAGCAGGACGAGUUCGGGCCAUUUCCGAGAUCAGAGACGUCCAUCCAAUUGAUCUCGGUGAGUCCAUCAAGCCCAUGAAGUCGAUAGAAGCGGAUAUGGAAGCAGAAGAAGCAGAAGAAGCAGAAGAAGCAGAAGAAGCAGAAGAAGCAGAAGAAGCAGACAUACAAACCUCUCCGUCUUCCACAUCAUCCGCCCUGGCGUCGGCACCAAGCCUGACUGACAUAGCGCCCAUGGAAGAAUUUUUCGAUGUUAAAUUCAACAGAAACCGGGUGACAUACACCAUCGUCCCAUUGAAAGAGAAUUUGCCUCCUUGGCGAAUCCUGGACGUGGUUGCAUCGUGUCCAUUGCGCGACGAGCGCAUUCACAGCGGCGACUAUGUGGUGAUCCGGCUGCAGGGAGAGCGAGUGCCUAGUGGAGAAAAGAAUUAUGCCAAGGUGCGUGAGAUCCGUACCUUGCCUGAUCCUGAUGCCCGGCCCUUGAUUCGUGUUGCGUGGCUGUAUCGAGUGGGAAACCGGCUGUACGAGAGUAAUCAUUACCAGAUCAUGCUCUGGGACACGGUGGAUGGCAUUCUGAAUACCUCCCAGCAGCGGCAGAUUCGGCGGGACAGUCUUUACGAUGCCUGUCAAAGGAUGCAGAUAUGUAACGUAGUGAUGAGAAGGCAAUGGCAGUCUCUAGAGCAGCAGAUAUUUGGCCAUGUCCAGAAAUAAUUC